AUGUUGCCCUUCUUAGCUGAAGAGCUAACCAGAAUGCUUGCUUCCCUUAUGCAGCGAUUCUUAAAACUUGACAGGAGUACCCUUACUUCUCCUUACAAGAUAAUGCAGGUAGAUAUUAGCAGUGAGGCCAUUCAGCUGCCUUUAUCUAAGGUCGAUAUUGGAUUCUACACUGAGAAAAAGCUAAAGGAUCUGAAAGCAAAAAACAUCAUCAGUGAGCGAAGGAUUCUGGAAUUUCGCAUCCAAGCAAAACAAGAUAUGAAACUGAAAAAAAAAUCAAAUGGAUCCCUUUUGAUUUUAGAUCCAAAGACAUAUGAAAAAAUCGACAGUGGAGAUCACUUGAAAGAACUUCAGAGUAUAAGUACUGGUGACAAAAAACACAUUUGUAUAGUUUGUGGUAAAAGAUUUAUAAGUGAAAGUAUCCUAAGAAGUCACAAGAAGUUGCACUCUGUGGAGAAACCUUAUAGAUGUACAGCAUGUGGUAGAGGAUUUACACGUAAAAGUAACUUAAAAAGUCAUGAGAAGAUACACACUGGGGAGAAGCCGUACAGGUGUGCAGAUUGUGGAAAAGGAUUUUUGAGUAAAAAUGGUCUAAACAUUCAUAAGAAGAUACAUACUGAGGAGAAGCCAUACAGUUGUGUUGUAUGUGGUAAACAACUUCAGACUAAAAGCAAACUUGAAAUACAUGAGAAGAUACACACUGGGGUGAAACCGUAUAUUUGUUUAGUGUGUGACAAAGGAUUUUUAAGCUACAAUGGUCUAAAAAUUCAUGAGAAGAUACAUACUGGUGAGAAGCCAUACAGUUGUGUAGUUUGUGGUAAACGAUUUGUAAGUAAAAGUAACUUGAAUACACAUGAGAAGAUACAUAGUGACAAUAAGCCAUACAGUUGUGUAGUAUGUGGUAAACAGUUUGUAACUAAAAGUAAAAUAAAGUGCCAUGAGCGUCUACACACUGGAGAGAGGCCUUACAGCUGUUUAUUAUGUGGCAAAGAAUUUUUAAGUAAAAAUGGUCAAACAAUUCAUGAGAAGAUACAUACUGGUGAGAAACCAUACAGUUGUGUAUUAUGUUCUAAACAGUUUGUAACUAAAAGUAACUUAAAGACUCAUGAGCAGAUACACACUGGAGAGAAACCAUACAGUUGUGUUGUAUGUGGUAAACAUCUACGAACAAAAAGGAAACUUGAAAUACAUGAGAAGAUGCACACUGGGGAGAAACCAUAUAGUUGUUUAGUAUGUGGCAAAGGAUUUUUAAGUUACAAUGGCCUAAAAAUUCAUGAGAAUAUACACACUGGUGAGAAGCCAUACAGUUGUGUUGUUUGUGGUAAACGAUUUGUAAGUAAAAGUAACUUAAAUACUCAUGAAAAGAUACAUACUGGGGUGAAGCCAUACACUUGUGUUGUAUGUGGUAAACAGUUUGUAAUCAAAAGUAACCUAAAGAGUCAUGAGCAGAUACACACUGGGGAGAAACCAUACAGUUGUGUUGUAUGUGGUAAACAGCUUCGAACAAAAAGUAAACUUGAAAUACAUGAGAAGAUGCAUACUGGGGAAAAACACUGUAGUUGUGCAGUAUGUGGUAAAGGAUUUUUAAGUAAGAAUGGUCUCAAAAUUCACGAGAAGAUACAUACUGGGGAAAAACCACACAGUUGCGCUGUUUGUGGUAUACAGUUUGUAAGUAAAAGUAACUUAAACAGACAUGAGAAGAUGCAUACUAGGGAGAAACCAUACAGUUGUGUUGUGUGUGGAAAACAACUUCGAACUAAAAGUACGCUUGAAAUACAUAAGAAGAUGCACACUGGGGAGAAACCAUAUAGUUGUUUAGUGUGUGGAAAAAGAUUUUUUAGUUACAGUGGUGUAAAAAUUCAUCAGAAGAUACACACUGGUGAAAAGCCGUAUAGUUGUGUAGUUUGUGGUAAACAAUUUGUAAGUAAAAGUAACUUAAAUACUCAUGAGAAGAUACAUGCUGGCAAGAAGCCGUACAGUUGUGUAGUAUGUGGUAAACAGUUUAUAAGUAAAAGUAAUGUAAAGCGUCAUGAGCAGGUACAUACUGGUGAGAAACCUUACAGUUGUACACUAUGUGGUAAAGAAUUUGUAAGUAAAAAUGGUCAAACAAUUCAUGAGAAGAUACACACUGGGGAAAAACCAUUCAGUUGCUUAGUAUGUGGUAAACGGUUUGUAUGUAAAAGUAACUUGAAGACACAUGAGCAGAUACAUACUGGGGAGAAGCCAUACAGUUGUAUUGUGUGCAGUAAACAGCUCCGAACAAAAAGUAAACUUAAAUUACAUGAAAAGAUACACACUGGACAGAAAGAAUAUAAUUGUGUGAUAUGUAGUAAAGGAUUUUUAAGUAAAAAUAGUCUAAAGGUUCAUGAGUAUAUGCACACUGGUGAGAAACCGUACAAUUGUGUUGUAUGUGGUAAACAAUUUGGAAUUAAAAGUAACCUCACGAGACAUGAGAAGAGGCACACAGAGGAAUCUUAGAGCUGGGAAAGUAGAUUAGUUACCUUUGAUCUGUGAUCGCAUGGAUUAGUGUCACCUAAAAUAAUUGAUUAAUCAAAAUUAUGAUCAAAUCAAUUAAUGUCAGAAAAAUAAUUUGGUAUAGUUUUUGAUUAUUCCAGUUUGCUUUUUCUCUGUCUUUAGUACUUCAACCUUAUAAACUUUCACUCCCUGUCAGUUGCAUGAGUUUUAUAUUGUUCUUUUGUUAUGGUAGAGCUACUAGGGCUAUCUGUCUUGACUUGCUGACUAUAGUGAAGGCUCCUGUCUGGGAAUACCCACUGCUAGCUCUGGCUAUUUAAGUUUUAAAUAAAGUGUAAACUUACUAGUUUGCAAUUUUGUGUUUCUAACUUAUAAUUGCAAAACUCAUUUACCAUAUAUGCUGCAAUACCUCACGAGUGGGUGCUGUGUUUUCAGUAGCUGAUGACUGUGUUCGUAUUGUGUACACCAAUCUUCGUUCCAGUAUAAAUUUAAAUCAUUUAAAACAGUGCAUUUGUUGUUUCUUUAUAAUUUGAGUGAAAAGAAAGUAUAUGCUUACUGAAUAUAUUUAAUAAAUUCAAUACAAUACAUUUUAUAAUGACUUUACACAUAAUAUUGUUAUGUAU